GGCCCCAUCAGCUGGUAGGAAAUGGCCUGUGAGUCAGAGGGGCAGCGGAGUCGGCGGCGCGGAGCCGGGGUGGCCCCGGGGAGGGAUCUGCGCGGGGAGGGGCGCAACAGCGGCUGGGGGGCUGCGGGCGCGAGGGUCCGCUAGUAUUGCACACGAAGCUGAUUAGGAAGAGCCUCGCAGAGCAGGGCUCAGCCUGAGCUACCCUUUGUCUGGGUUGGGGGCCCGUGGCAGGGAGGACCGAGGAUCGAGGGGUGGGACCGAGACAGGACGGAAGGGCCCGGAGCAGCGGCCACCGCAGCGGAGCCAAUUUGGGAGCGGGGGUCCAGCUGAACCCAGGAGCUGCCCGGAAUGGUGGCAGUCACCUUGCCAGUGCAGCAGGCAUGGACCAGACUGCAAGCUAGGGGAACAAGGCAUCAGUCUGGAAGAGGGGACACACAUCUAGGCUUGAGGCCCCUUCAUCGGGAUGUCCCCAGGCCCCCCAACCCAGGCCCAGCAUAAAGGCCGUGUGGGGGGGCCCCCCUGACCCAAGGGGGGCUUCAUGCGCCACGUGCAGGCGGAGCCGUCUCCAUCCUCAGAGCCAGAGGCUGGCCCUUCACAGCCUCCAGUCAGACAGGGGACCCUCCAGGGUGGCCUGCUCAUGGGCUACAGCCCAGCAGGGGGGGCAGCAUCCCCCGGGGUCUACCAGGUAUCCAUCUUUUCCCCUCCAGCUGGUGCCUCUGAGCCUCACAGGGCUCUGAAGCGGCCGGCCCCACCUACUGAGGGUCCCCGGGAGCUGAAGAGAGGCCCUGGGCUGGGGGCCAGAGAGGGAUUACCCCCUGAAGAACCAUCUACUGUGGGGCUAUUGGCCCCAGAGGGACUGGGUCUGGGACUGGGUGUGGCCAGCCAGCAUUUCUCCCAUCAUGGCCUCUGUGUUGUGGAACAGGGAGGUAAUGCCACCUCACCUUGGACUUCAGGGGCCCGAAGACCCCCCUGGCUCCCAUCAAAUGCUUCCUGCAAUACUUUGCACACCAGAGACUGGGCUUCCCCAGAUCCAGGGGGACAGGGGUCCCUGGGGGAGUCUCCAGGGCCAGCCCCUUCAGGCCAGCUGCACACACUUGACACUGAUUUGCACAGUCUUGCACAAAUAGGGGGUAAGAGCCCAGUGGCUGGGGUGGGCAACGGGGGAAGCCCCUGGCCUAGGGAGUCCCCUGGCACUGCCAAUGGGCACAGUCCCGAGCACACACCCCCUGGCCCUGGACCUCCAGGCCCCUGCCCUACCAAGCGAAGGCUGCUUCCUGCUGGAGAAGCCCUGGAUGUCAGCUCUGAGGAUGAGGGGCCAGCCCCUCGGAGGCGCCGGGGAACCCUGGGCCACCCUCCUGCUGCCAACUGUUCUGAUGCCAAAGCCACACCCUUCUGGAGCCACCUGCUGCCCGGGCCCAAGGAGCCUGUUUUGGACUCAAGAGACUGCAGUCCCGUGGGGCGGAGGCUGAAAAGUGCCCGUCGCCUGAAGCUGAGCUCCCUUCGAAGCCUCCGGAAGGGACCAGGCCUGCUGAGCUCCCUCAGUGCCUCCCCUGUUCCUACCCCUGCUGUCAGCCGUACCCUGCUGGGCAACUUUGAGGAAUCAUUGUUGCGAGGACGCUUUGCACCAUCUGGCCACAUUGAGGGCUUCACAGCAGAGAUUGGAGCUAGUGGGUCCUACUGUCCCCAGCAUGUCACGCUGCCUGUCACUGUCACCUUCUUUGAUGUUUCUGAGCAAAAUGCCCCGGCCCCCUUCCUGGGUGUCGUGGACCUGAAUCCCCUGGGGAGGAAGGGUUACAGCGUGCCCAAGGUGGGCACCAUUCAAGUGACCUUAUUUAACCCCAACCAGACUGUGGUGAAGAUGUUCCUUGUGACCUUUGACUUCUCGGACAUGCCUGCUGCCCACAUGACCUUCUUGCGCCAUCGCCUCUUUUUGGUGCCUGUGGGUGAGGAGGGAAAUGCUAGUCCCACCCACCGCCUCCUCUGCUACUUGCUGCACCUCAGGUUCCGGAGCUCCCGCUCAGGCCGAUUAAGCCUACAUGGAGAUAUCCGCCUGCUUUUUUCCCGACGGAGCCUGGAGCUGGACACAGGGCUCCCCUAUGAACUGCAGGCCGUAACUGAGGCCCCCCACAAUCCACGUUAUUCUCCUUUUCCCUGAUUGCCAGUGCUCUGAACCUAGGUGGGCCAAAGGCCUGCCCAUCCUGCUCCAUCCUGGACAGAGUAAACACGUGGAGAAAUGGCGAAAACCCCUUAGGAUUGAAUUAAAGUCCUCACCACGCUCAUGCCCAAAUUGA